UUCAUAUUUAGUUGAACGAUGAACGUUUGAGUAUUUACAGACUAUAUGUUUUUUAAUAACGAUUUAUUUUAUAUCAUAGUUUAACAGAAAUAUACUUAUUCUGAGCUAGAUUGGUUUUUCCUUGGACGCUACACUUGUUUUAAUAUUACAUUGAGCAAUUUUAUAUUAACUUUUGUAUCGCAACUGGAGGUAUUAAAAAGUUUAAACACUUUCAUAUUUUUGCAGUCAUUACCCUCAACUCAAUCAUUUCAAUAGAAAUAUCUGACAGUAGUUAAUAACUAUUAUAACCACAUAUUUUAGUACAUCAUCAGUAGUUACCAUAUCAAGACCAUUCCAGGGAGAUUGAACCCUUGUGACCUUCCCUUUGUAGUCACAGUCAUGUCUUCCUCGCACACUACUGUGACCAGUUCGGACAGGAGGGGCUCCAUUGCGAUGGCUGAUCGCAGAGGAUCCAUUAUUGUCGGUGGCGGCGGCGGCAAAAUAACGAUGAACAACACGAAAACUGCUUCCAUGGCCAAAAGUAGAGUGUCAAUUUCCAUUUCUAAUCGCAGAAGGGGCAGUAUCAUGCCUGGAGGGGGAGGGGGGAUGGUCGGAGACAAGAGUUCCAUCCACGUGCAUGGGGGACACCACAAGAAGAAACAUAUUAGAAUCAUGGAUGGAGAUGUGGAUGUGACACCUCAGCCACUUCUGCAGGUCGAUCCCUACAUGGCCAAGCAGAAUCGUUCGUACAUUGGAGGGGGGACUGGAAGUGAGAGUGGGACUGGUCUCAUGGGCAUGGGUGGACUGAACACCCCCACCGAUGGACAUUCCCAGAUGUCGGCUAUGCAACACUCCGCACUUGGGGGGACCAUGAUGGGAGGCAUGACUUUUGGCGCCGCCAUGUCCAAGCCGGUGUGGGCGAGUGGGGAGGAGUCCCAUCGCUCGUCACGUGACUCAGUGGCCGACGACUACAGCGAGGCGGGAGUGGCCGAACCACAGGCUCUCGGAUUAGCCGAAGUGACGACUAAACAUGGUGAAGAGAUACAGGAGCAAAUAACCGAAGAAGACAAGGAAAAGAACGUCGAUAUCAUCUUGACCGAGACUCCGACAUUCUGGAUUCUCGACAUCCCUGGAAAAUGCGUCGAAGCAGGAACCGACGAAGUCGAAGUUGUCAAAGAGCAAAACGCGAAGUACCAAAAACUAAUCAAAGACCGAGUCGGUAAUGAUUUAUACGCACAACGUGGCAUGCAAACGUUUAAUAACGGACGCAAAGUCAAACAUGCUCAAACUGACAAAGUUUUGACAGCCGAUCAAUUGUCCAUGGCUGCGACAUGGGAUAUGUACGACACAUAUUUGGACAUAGCCGAAGACCAGCAGGAAAAACAGGACGAAGAGCCGGAAAUUCUCGGCGGCGAGACGAGUCGUGCAGAUUCGCCGACCGGAGGCGACGACGGCACGGCAAGCGUAGCAGGAAGCACAGCGACUUCUAAAGGCGGCGGGUCGUAUGUUGAAACAAAAACGGCAACAGGCAACGUUAGUGUUGUCAGAAGCGUGCAAGCUAGUGUUGCCGCUACGAAUGAGGAAGGCGUGCCACCGGGUGAUAGCAUCUUUGCUGGAAGCUCCCUCGGAAACGCGGUUACAAUGACUGAGUCAAGUAUGAUCAACAAAGAAUCACCAGAAGAACUUCUAAAACAAAUGAGCGAUUCUGAAUCAUUUCUCAAAAACCUGUUCAUAAUGGAACGAAUUGUUGUUCAAAAUAUAUACCAACCAAAACUAGCAAUUUACAGAAACUUGCCAGUGUAUCCGGAUGUCGAUGCUUACAUAGCGCUGGAAUCUGCGGACGAGAUAAGCUCAUUGAACUAUCAAAGAAUGAAUUCUGAAUCAUUCAACGCUACUGCAAAGUCUGUUAAUUCAACUUCGAUUUUGUCGUAUGGCCCUCAUUUAGAAAAAUUGUGGUCCUUUUCUUGCGAUUUGACCAAAAAUUACACGGUGCUUUGUAUGAGCUGGAAUAAAAGCAACCCGGACAUUUUAGUGGUUGGAUACGGACAAUCGACCUAUAGAGGUCAAAGCGAGGGUCUAGUAUGCUGUUGGUCGAUAAAAAAUAUCGAGUACCCCGAACGAGUUUACAAAGUAGAAUCGGGCGCCACUUCUGUCGGGUUCUCGGCAAGUCACCCAAAUUUACUCGGCGUCGGAACUUACGACGGUUCAGUUUGUGUGUUUGACGUCGGAGUCAAAUCUGCGGAUCCGGUUCUGGAUAACUUUGACAGUCCGGGUAAACAUACGGGACCCGUUUGGCAUUUGGUCUGGGUGGAAAAAGAAAGGUCAUCAGGAGAUGAUAAAGGUCAAAUCCUGGUGUCAAUUUCAGCUGAUGGUCGAGUUUGCCAAUGGUCAAUCAAAAAAGGUUUCGAAUACUUGGAAGUAAUGAAACUCAAGCGGGUUUUCCAGUCGAAGAGUUCCAGCAAAUCCACUGGAAGCGAAUCGCUUAUCAACCGAUUUUCAUCUGGAAUGGGGUUGGAUUUCAAGGCUUCAGACAGCAAUUUGUACAUCGCUGGAACCGAAGACGGAAAUAUACACAAAUGCUCUUGUUCGUAUAACGAGCAGUUCCUCUCGACUUAUAAUGGUCAUUCUGGACCAGUUUAUAAAGUCACGUGGUCGCCAUUUGCCGGGGAUAUUUUCCUAAGUGCCUCUGCGGACUGGUCGAUCAAAGUCUGGCAUCAAGACAUGACGGAGCCGGUUAUAAACAUCCAGCCUGCUUUGAAAGCUGUUACGGAUAUAAACUGGUCGCCUAUUUCGUCGACUAUUUUCGGUUGCACUACUGAAGAUGCGGUUCAAAUAUUUGACCUUGAGAGUUCGAUAAUUGACCCUAUAGUAACACACCCCGUAGAAAACAAGAAAUUAACCGCGUUUCAAUUCGCUCACAAUUCACCAUGUGUUUUAUUCGGGGAUUCUCAAGGGGAAGUUGCCGUCAUGAAAGUUCAUAAUGUUUUCACGGAGGAUCAAGAAAAAAUAGCAAGUGGGUGGAGCAAAGAUGCAGAACAGGUCAAUGACCCCAGGUUGUCCGAAAUUGUGGGGUCAACUUUGAAUAGAGAAAGUGAAGUGAAAGCUAAAAAUGCGCCCAGCGAAUCUCAAUGACAUUCACUAUUUUCAUGAGCUCAGAAUUUCUAUCAACCUAUAUUUUUAACAAAUAAAAGUUUUAAGCCAA